AUGGCGAAGCGUGGAUAUAAGCUGCAGGAGUUUUUGGCACAUUCCGGGAAUUUGAAUUGUCUAAGUAUCGGAAAGAAGACAUCAAGGCUUCUUUUAACCGGUGGAGAUGAUUAUAAGGUCAACCUUUGGGCAAUCGGCAAGCCGACUUCGUUAAUGAGUCUUUGUGGGCAUACAAGCCCGGUUGACUCAGUAGCUUUUAACUCAGCAGAAGUUUUGGUGCUCGCUGGAGCUUCUUCGGGUGUGAUUAAGCUGUGGAAUCUAGAAGAAGCAAAGAUGGUUCGAGCUUUUAUUGGACACAGAUCCGAUUGUUCUGCUCUUGAAUUUCAUCCAUUUGGUCAAUAUCUUGCAUCGGGAUCCAGUGACACAAAUCUAAAGAUUUGGGAUGUCCGAAAGAAGGGAUGCAUCCAAACAUACAAGGGUCAUACUCGUGGCAUUAGUACUAUCAAAUUCAGUCCUGAUGGUCGUUGGGUAGUGUCUGGAGGACUUGACAGCGUUGUGAAGGUAUGGGAUUUGACUGCUGGAAAGCUUUUACAUGAGUUUAAGUCUCAUGAAGGACCUAUCCGUUCCCUAGACUUUCACCCGCUUGAGUUUCUUCUAGCCACAGGUUCUGCUGACAGGACUGUGAAGUUCUGGGAUUUAGAAACGUUUGAAAUGAUUGGAUCUACUAGACCAGAGGCUACUGGAGUUCGUGCAAUCACUUUUCAACCAGAUGGGCGAACCCUUUUCUGUGGAUUGGAUGAUGGCUUGAAGGUUUAUUCUUGGGAGCCAGUGAUUUGCCGAGAUAGUGUUGAUAUGGGAUGGUCAACACUUGGUGACUUCUGCAUCAACGAAGGAAAGUUCAUCGGUUGCUCAUAUUACCGAAACUCUGUUGGGAUUUGGGUCUCAGAUAUAUCGCAACUCGAGCCAUAUGGAGCUGGAUCUGAGGAUAAGAAUGAAUGCAUGGUGAAAAGAUUCAGUGUCGUGGAUAAUCAAUCGCCUGAGAGAAUGGGAAGUGGCUCAAGGGGUAGUUCAUCCCCAGAUUAUGAGACAAAAGCCAUAAAGAACAUAUACAUCGAUUCCAUAGGUGGAAAUAUGACUGUUGAGCAAAAUCCAGGAUUUCUGAAAGUAACAUCGCCUUUGGAAAUAGGAAAAGACGCUAAUAUAAUGAGCGAGAAGCAUAAUGCAACAUAUUUUGGACAAGCAGAGGAUAAGUCUUCCAGAAUGCAUAGUGUUGUAUCAAGGGAUAGUGACAGUGGGGAAGAAUCUUCUCAUUCAGGAAGGGAAUCUAUUACUUUCUCGAAAACUAAACCCGGUAUGUUGCUAAGACCAGCUCAUGUAAGAAAGACUCUAGCAAAGUUUGAAGAAUCAAAUCAGUCAGUGGCUGUUCACUAUGGAACUGGGAAGAAUAGCGGCUUAAAAGUUGAAGAGGAGGAGUCACACACUCGAAAUGUGUUCCUUUCAGAACAGAGUGGUAGUAAACCAUUUGAUGCAGAUGAUUCUACCAUCAAGAGUAUUACGGACAAGUUUGAAAAAACUUUAUCAUCGGAACCACCAACUGAUGAAGCGAAUCGUAUGUUCCUUAAACCACCUCGUGUACGUAGCGCAUCAAAUAGCAAGUACAAUGAGUCAAGACGAGCAAUGUCUGUUGAUUCUGGAAGUUUUGACGGCAACAAAAGUGGGCUGGAAUACUCAGGACAGAACAUUUCCAGCAAAACUGAAAAUUUUCUUACACCAGAAAAAACUGGUGAUGAACAGAAAAACACAGAAAACCCUGGCGGAAGCAGAGAAUUGAGUCCCGUGAAGAUUGUUGGAGGAGUAAAAGUUGUCUCGGGGAGGACACGCUCGUUGGUUGAGAAGUUUGAGAGAGGAGAAAAAGUUACUCAUACCGAAGCAGCCAGUACAACAAUAACUCAGAACACUAAUGCAGUGCAAGAAGAUUCACAUAAGACAUCAAGACAGACAGGCGAAACUCCUGUAAUAUCAACACGACGAGCUAGGAGUACUCCAGCCCGAGUGAUGCCUAUCGUACUCAAUCGGGGUAGUCACAUGAAAUCUGAUGAGCCUCCUUUGACUCAACCAGCCAGGACUUCUUCAGUUUCUACGAUACUCGAUCAGACUACUAAUGUCACACAUGAUGAGCCUUCUAUAACAUUAACACAACAGUCUAGAACUUCUCCAGCACGGAUAUUGCCUGUGCCACUCAAUCAAACAACAAAUAUUUCAAAUGAUGAGGCUUCUGUUACGUCAAGAAGACCACGCAGGACUUCCGCACCUCGAGUAAGGCCUAUGUCAAUGGACAUGACAUCUCAUGAGUGUCCUGUAACAUCAACACGUCCAGCUAGAACUUCUCCAGCUCGUGUAAUGCCCACGAGACAUAACAUGACAUGUGAUACAUCUUAUAUCGCAUCCAGGCACCGAGUUAGUCCAACUCAAAUGCUGGCUACACCCACUGUGGUUGAUCAGGUGGUCGAUAUGACAUUGGAUGAGACACAUGUAUCUCAACCAGCGUGUGAUAUCUUAAGCCAGAAGGAAGAGCCUCAAAUAUCUGGGAGAGAGAAUGAUAGUGACAUCACUGAAAAUCUAAUGCAAACUCAUGAUGAGUUCGUAAGCACUCUUAAAUCGAGGUUGACAAAAUUACAAAUUGUUAGACAUUUUUGGGAGCGUAGUGAUGUUAAAGGCGCGAUUGGGGCCUUGAGAAAGCUGACAGAUCAGUCUGUACAAGCAGAUGUGAUAAGUAUUCUAACCGACAAAAUAGAGAUUCUUACAUUGGAUAUGUUUUCUCAAUUAGUCCCUGUCCUCACAAGCUUAUUAGGUAGCAGGACAGAGAGGCCGGUUAAUGUCUCCUUGGAAAUGCUCUUAAAGCUGGUAGCGGUGUUUGGUACAGUUAUUCGCUCAACUGUUUCAGCUCCACGGGUUGUCGGCGUUGAUCUUCAUGCGGAUGAAAGGCUACAAAUCUGCCAAAUUUGCUCAGCGGGAUUGCACAAGAUUCAAAGGAUUCUUCCAGUUCUCGCAAGAAGAGGCGGUCUAAUAACAAGAAAGGCUCAAGAACUAAACCUAGUUCUUCUAGAACCAUAA